AUGGUCGCCGAACACCUGUCUAUCCGCAACAACACCUCCACCUCAAUUGUUCUGAAGCGCAUUGAGCGCUUCCGGGCACCGGAGAAGGGAGGAUUCAGCGCCUUCAGCACAGUAGCCAGAAACUUCACCCAGGUCCUGACCAACCAAACCCGCAACGAUGCCGUCUCCUGCAUCGAACAAGACAGCCACCAUUUCGAAGAAAAGAACGUCGACAUCCGCAUCGAGCCCUUCACAACGAAGAAAACCGACCUCCGCUCCUUCAUCGAGUCCGACAAGGAGCGCACCCGUCUAAUCUUCGAAGCCGAGGGCCAAAAGUACCAAAUCCAAGUCCCCGUGCCUACAGCCGAAUCUGCAUCCAUGAAAGCCCUAAGCGACAAACCCAAGCACCGCUUCACAGGCAUCUACAUAACGCCCGAAUCCUUCCUGGCAAUCUUCUCCUCCUCAAACCUCAACGCCUGGAUGCGCGAGCUCCGCGACGACACCCUCCUCUCCGCCCUCUCCAUCCCAGGCACCCACAACUCGCCAACCUGCCACAUCGCCCCGCCUUCCGUGCGCUGCCAAGCCGUCAGCCCCAAAGAGCAGCUCGAGAACGGAGUGCGCUUCUUCGACAUCCGUGUCCAGCCCCAGUACCCCGAGGACCCGGCGCGCGACGAGCUGGUCCUCGUGCACAGUGCCUUCCCCAUCUCCCUGACGGGAAACAAGUACUUCCGCGACCUGCUGCGCGAAAUAGAGGGAUUCCUCGACCGUAACCCGUCCGAGACGCUGAUCGUCUCGCUCAAGCGCGAGGGAACCGGUAAUGCGACAGACGAGCAGCUCGCGCGCAUCUUGCACGACCACUACGCUAAGGGCGGUCGGUGGUGGGUGCGGCCUAAGAUCCCGACUCUGGGCGAGGCGCGCGGAAAGGUCGUGCUCAUGCGUCGGUUCAAUCUGAAUCAGAAGUUGAAGGGCGAACAUGGUGGGACGGGGUGGGGUAUUGAUGCUGCUGCGUGGGAGGAUAAUACCCCCCAUGCGAAGUGUGCUAGUGGUUUGCUUUGCAUUCAGGACUUCUAUGAGGUGCUGGAGAGCAUGAAUAUCGAGAAGAAGAUUAAGUAUGUCUGCGAGCAGAUUGAUCGCGCGGGCUGCUGUCGGUAUCCGUUCGGUGUUCAGCCGGAUUUGAGAGCUACCAAAGCAUUCCCCUUUUACGUCAAUUUCUUGAGUGCUAGUAACUUCUGGAAGACGGAUACUUGGCCUGAGAAGGUUGCUGCCAAGGUGAACCCGGCUAUUGUUGAUUAUAUCUGUCGCAGGGGCAAGGAGCAUGAUGGGGACUGUUCCACGGGUAUUCUUGUUACUGAUUGGGUUGGUUUGGACGGGGAUUGGGAUCUUGUGCGCAGCAUCGUCGGUAUGAAUGCUAAGCUGCGCUUGAGGAAGGAGUAG